CCCCCUCUUUGUUGUUUCUCUCCUCCAGCCUCCGCUGUGCGCGCACGCACGCACACAGUCGCUGGGAUCAGCUGCGCGCUCGCAGUAGUCCGUGAGUCCCUUCCCCCCGCGGCCUGGCUGCUGAUGAGAUGAGUGGAAGAUGUCGGUGUCGGGGCUGAAGGCCGAAUUAAAGUUCCUGGAGUCAAUUUUUGACCCAAACCAUGAGCGAUUCAGAAUAAUCGACUGGAAGCCGGACGAACUGAGCUGCCAGUUCAAUGUGACGGGAGAAAAGCUGCUGAUUAUUCACUGCAACAUCACGGAGUCUUACCCUUCAACCCCACCAAUAUGGUUCGUUGAUUCAGAUGACCCAAGUCUGACUGAAGUCCUUGAGCGACUAGAGGAUGUCAGAAAAGGCAAUACUUUGCUACUACAGCAGCUGAAAAGGCUGAUCUGUGAUUUAUGCCGACUCUAUAACCUGCCCCAGCAUCCUGAUGUGGAGAUGCUGGAUCAGCCUCUUCCUGCUGGACCCAUCAGUCAAGACAAAAAGCAUGGAGUGACAGAUGAAGUGACAUCAGAAGAAGAGGAGGAAGAGGAAAUGGCAGAGCAGGAUAUUGAAGAUCUAGACCACUAUGACAUGAAAGAGGAGGAACCGGUUGAUGGGAAAAAGUCAGAGGACGAUGGCAUCGAGAAGGAGAAUCUGGCCAUUCUGGAGAAAAUCCGCAAGAACCAGAGGCAGGACCACUUGAACGUAAGUGUCCAUUCGGGUGCGGUGUCUGGUUCAGUUCAGGCCUCUGACCGCCUCAUGAAGGAACUCAGGGAGAUCUAUAGAUCACAGAGUUAUAAGACAGGUAUCUAUUCAGUGGAGUUAGUCAAUGAUAGCCUGUAUGAAUGGCAUGUCAAGUUAAGGACGGUUGACCCGGACAGUCCGUUACACAGCGACUUGCAAGUUUUGAAGGAAAAAGAAGGCAUGGACUACAUUCUGCUCAAUUUCUCUUAUAAAGAUAACUUUCCUUUUGAUCCUCCCUUUGUACGGGUUGUGUCUCCUGUCCUGUCUGGAGGCUAUGUUCUUGGAGGAGGAGCCUUGUGUAUGGAGCUACUUACAAAACAGGGCUGGAGCAGUGCCUACUCAAUAGAGUCAGUCAUCAUGCAAAUCAACGCCACCUUAGUCAAAGGGAAAGCCAGAGUGCAGUUCGGCGCAAAUAAGAAUCAAUACAAUCUUGCCAGAGCACAACAGUCAUACAAAUCAUUGGUUCAGAUUCAUGAAAAGAACGGCUGGUACACACCUCCAAAAGAAGAUGGCUAGGAAGAGCAUCGAUCUGCUUGCACACUGCAAAACAUGGGAUAUCUGGUCAAACCUUCGCUUUAUUUUACUAAUGUUUUCACCUCUUCAGCUUGAGUAUGAUGCCCCCUCGUGUAAGUGGAAGCCAUCGGGGAAACGUUUGCCCUCUCACUGUCUGGAAUGCUCCAAAAUUUGCAUCGUCCUUAAUCUUCUGCAAGGCUGGACUCUUUGACCAGAUCCCAUGACGUCUGUUUCUCAUGCUCUCUUUCUCUCUUUCUCAUCUGUUGUCUUCUAAACUGAUGGGAUGUUCAGAGCCUUGGUACUAAUAAGGCAUCUAACAUGGCGUUUCGAAAUGGUCUGAUCAGAGAAAGUUAUUUUUGUUGUUGUUUUUCUCGUUUUUGUUGCUUCCCUCCUCACUUUUACUGGAGCAUGGCUCUGUUUUGGAUUAUUACGUAGAUGGAGAUGCUCAAUGAAGAUGCUGGAUCUGAUCCUCUCUGUGCUUUUAAAGGACGUUCUUAUGGCCAUGGACUUUAAAUGGUGGUUUACUGAACUUAAAACAGGAUGUGGAUGCAACUAGAGACAAUGUGAAGACAAUGUGCCACUGCUCUUGUAUCUAUAGAGACUUUUUUUCCUCAUGCAUUCUGAGUUAACAUGUACUGGUACAUUUAAUGCCGAUGUCGUCGAAGAAUCGUUACUUGCCACAAUUAUACGCGUAAGCUUCCUGAGCAACCCCUAUGUUAACGAUAACGGCGAGGACGAGAGGAUGGGGCGCUUAUACGACUCUAGCUCCAGAUCUCGUUUUUUUUUUCCAACUAAGGAUGAAUUCCACUCAGUUUCCUUACGCUCGCUUUUAGCAUGUGGCUGAUCUGACCAAUAACGGACAAAUGCGAGCUUUUGGCUUUGCAAAGGCGAAGCGGAACUUGCCGUCGCUCCAUAGUCGAACAGAGCUCCACUUGUAUACUUGUAAAUGGAUUUGAGGCGUCUUAAAUGUGGUGUUUAUGUGAAGUGGGGGAAUUAUCCGAGUUGUUUUUACGAGAUUUGGGGACUCGAAAUGGGGAAAAGGUUGAUGUUUCUCAAAAUAACGGGGGUAUUACCUUAAAAAAUUGUAUUUAUAUAAGUAAUAUGAACAUAUUUUUUUUUUUUUUUUCGAUUUUGUUCCCACCCUUAAUUGUCAUUUUCAUCAUUUCUGCUCAAUUAAAACAGCUGUUACAGAUUGAGGUUUACAUUACCAAUGGACCUCAUGAUCAGCAGUUCUUCAAUGUAGAGUUUGUCCGUUUUGUGAGCAUUGAUGGAUUAAAAGAGCGCAAGUAAUACUUUUUUCAUAGCACAACACUACAAGAGCACUGUUUCUUUCCAUGCCUGAUGGGCAGUUUUCACAAUACUCAAGGCGUUGUUUAUUUUACCUCUUGGAUUUGAACGACCAUAUAACGUAUAAAGUCUUAAGAAUGGUCAAAGCUUCAAUGGCAAAAGAGUUGAAAAUACAGCAUACCUCCCUGCUUUUUUUGUCUUUGUUUUGCAGUGUAUUAUAAAACUGGCUGUUGAAGGCGUCUCGCAAUUGUCAUUGAAAACUCAGGAAAAUUCAUUCUGUUUAAAAACCUUUGGUUUGUUUUUUUUGGUCCGUUUGCUCUACUUAUCCACUUCUCUAGUUUCCAGAAGCUAAGAAAUUAGGAUUUCCCGGCUUGGUCGCUAUUUAGUAUUUUAUGAUGGGCCUCCAUCGUAAGAAGUGUUAAAGGCCAAUGGUGAUUUAGAAAACUCUGGCUAUAAAAACGUAUCGGAUUUCUAUGUUUACCGAACUUGAGUGCUCAAUCAAACUCCACUUGUGUUUUUUGUUGUUUCUCACCCCUCUGAUUUCAUCUUUCAGUUGUAAAUAUUUUGGGACAUUUGGGUUUAGUAUUUGCACAGAAUAUUGUGAUUGUGCCUCUUGGAGUUUGAACUUCGUCCCAUAACAGACAGGCUCUUGGAUAUGUGUAUCGUUGACAUGGAUGCAAAUGUAAUCUUUUCCUCCAAUCACAUGUAAAUGUCAUUCAAGAGAGCCACUGCAGCAGGAAUGUCUUGAAUAACUCAAGUAUCUGCUUUGCAAGUAAUUGCUGCUGUUUUGUUUCAGAUGUGCUUGGUCUUGAGUUUUCAUUGGUGAGAUUUGAAAAAGCAGACAUCUCUGAUUGGUGUUUCUUCGGCGGGUGAUUCAUCUCAGAAGUACAUCUGACAUCGCAUUGACCAAGGUUCCUGUAACUGACGAGUCUUUCUUCUGUUUCCUUGUCCGAACAGUAAUGACUUUUUGUGUUGUUUUUUUUUUUUUUUUUUUUCACACCGAACAUGAACCUCACAGUAACCAUUAACAGAACUCGUCUUUGGUGCCAUCUCAUGGAAUGGUUCUUGAAGUUCACACUGUUGGCAUGCUUUCUGGGUUCUUUUUUUUGUUAGGUUUUUCCAUUACAAGAGAAUUUUGACCAUGUACAGUAUAUUUGUAAACUUGCAUCAAGUUUAUGAAUAAAGAAUUUUACGAGGA